GUCGUCGUCGUCCUUCUCCUCCUCCUCACUCUCGUCUUAUCCACCAUGUCCGCUGCACGUCCUGCUGCAGCCCCGGCGGGGGGACAGCAAGAAGAGGGCGGUUCAAGCAUGUGGAGGAUGAUCAUGAACGCCGCUCUCGUAUACUUUGCUUCCCAAGCUGUAAUGGGCUUCCUGGGGUUUAACAAGCCCCCUACACCCCCAGCACCAGCAGACGGCGCCCCUCCCUCCCCGACAGCAAACGCCAGUAUAAUCCCCGCCAAGCCUCUCUGGCCCCUCGGCACAGAGCUCGACCUACACAUGCAGCUCAGCACCGACCCGGAGGACUUUUACCUCCAUACGGGGGUUGAUGCGGGCUUGCCUUCCUGGGACUGGCAGGUGAAGUGGGGUGAGUGGAAGUGGGAACGGGAGUGGGAGGGAACGAUCAGGAUCCCCCAGAGCGUGCAACAUAAUGCCUCGCUGUACCUGGAUAUAUACGUUCUUCCCACUGAAGCGCACGCUUCCCCCGACCCUAGCUCAGCGGCGUAUGAUAAGGAGAAAGUGUAUCAUUUCCGCAAGAUGUUAACGCGCUACUACCCGAAGCGCAAGGUUCGAAAGGAGCAUAAUCUGCUGCACGCCGACGAAGAGAAAGAAGAGCCAGAGCAGGAAGAAGAAGUCGACCCCAAAUCGCAGAUCAUCGUUCCCUACUGGCACCCGAACCUCACCCUCGCCCUCAUCUCCGAAACCCCAGAUGUGCAACCCCGAGGGCUCCCGCCCGCCCUGGCGCCGUAUGUCAACCUCGCGCCCUGGACGCUCGACCCGGAGAAGAACGUGCGCAGUUUGUUCUACCCCAUUGUUUAUCCGAACGACUUCUGGCUGCUGAAAGAGCAUAUGACGGAGGUGAAUAGUACUACUCCUGAGCUGCCGCUGAAGAUUACCCUCAACCCGAUGGGGUGGAUGAAGUUCCAGAUUUAUGCCAGUGUAGGGUUUGGAUUUGACCAGCAGAGCAAGACUGCCGGUUCAGGCGGGGCAGAGAUAGAGGAGAUAAAGCGCAUGCUGAUCGAGACCAACCCCAUCCUGCUCAUCACGACCGUUAUCGUCUCCCUCCUGCAUACGCUAUUCGAGUUCCUGGCAUUUAAGAGCGACAUUUCCCAUUGGAGGAAGAAGGACGAGCUCACGGGCGUCUCUGUUCGCACGAUCGUCACCAACUGUGUAGUGCAGCUCAUCAUCUUGCUAUACUUGGUCGACAACUCUGUCGAGACGAGCUGGAUGAUCCUGGGCAGUCAGGGCAUCGGCCUGCUGAUAGAGGCGUGGAAGAUAACGAAAGCAGUCGACAUCACCCUCGUCCCCUCUCCCGCAGGCAAGCUCCUCCCCUACCAGCUGCAGAUAACAGACAAGCACGUCCUCUCGGAAGACGAGCGCAAAACGCAGGAAUACGAUGCCCUUGCCUUCCGCUACGUGUCCUACUUUGCAGUUCCCUUGCUUGUGGGCUACGCGGCGUAUAGCCUGAUGUACGAGAGUCAUCGUGGCUGGUACAGCUUUGUCAUCACCACGCUGACGAGCUUUGUCUACAUGUUUGGAUUUGUCCAACUCAUCCCCCAACUGAUCAUAAACUACAAGCUCAAGUCCGUCGCGCACAUGCCGAUGAAAGCGAUGAUCUACAAGACCCUAGGCACGGUCGUGGACGACUUUUUCGCGUUUUGUAUCAAGAUGCCGUGGUUGCAUCGGUUGGCGUGCUUUAGGGACGAUGUGGUGUUUUUGGUAUUUUUGUACCAGCGAUGGAUCUACCGCGUCGAUCCUAAGCGAGCGAACGAAUAUGGUCAACUGACCGUCGAAGGCGUACAAGACGACAAGAAAGAGCUGACGGAGGAUGUAAAGCUGCUUCGUGCUGCCGAGAAGAAGGAAAAAGAGGAGGAAGUGGAGAGGGAAGGGGAGAUGCAGGAGCCGAAGAAGACGAGGUAAUCUAGCGUACGCACUGUGUCUUGUCCUCCUGUUGGGUUAUUGUGCCGGUAUAUAUCCAGUUCGAG